AUGAGAUCAACUGCAAUGGUUGCUGUUGAUUGUGAGAUGGUUGGUUGUGAAGACGGCAGUGAAGCUUUGGUGCGAGUUUGUGUUGUGGAUCGCAAUUUACAGGUCAAACUUAAUGAACUUGUAAACCCCAAUAAAGCAGUUGUGGAAUACAGAACUGAAAUUACUGGAAUCUCAGCAAAAGAUUUGGAUGGAGUAACAUAUUCAUUGGCAGAUGUACAGAAAUCCAUGAAGAAACUAUUAUCACAUGGAACCAUAUUAGUUGGACACAGCUUGCACAACGAUCUGCAAGCAUUGAAGUUAGAUCAUGCAAGAGUGAUUGACACCUCUUAUAUCUUCAAAUAUGGGGGUGGGCCUCAUUACAGAAGACCUUCACUGAGUAACCUGUGUAAGUUUGUUUUGGGUUAUGAACUUCGGGAGAAGGGUGCUCCACACAAUUGUCUAGAUGAUGCAUGUGCUGCAAUGAAACUUGCUCUGGCAAAAAUAGAGCAUGGAUUUGACAAUAUUAUACCUGUGGUUCGCGAGGAUGUACCUGAAGUAGAAAUGGCAAAGCUACUUGUUCACAGGAUUCCAACAAAUGUGCCUAGCCAAGAAUUACAUAAUAUCAUUCCAGGAAACUUUACCAUCGAAUUAAAGGCUAACAAAAAAAUUCGAGGAGAUAGGUAUUCUGCCCUUGCAAUCUUUAAGAAUCAACGAGAGGCAAAUCAUGCAUUUGAGAAUGUUGAAGGUUACGGAGAAGAGGACUCAAAUGGGCGGCCACAGAAACUCAUUUCAUUUCAACUCGACAAAGGUGUAUCUGGUAGUUUAUACAUUCGAAAAAUGACUCAUGAUGAUUCUAUUGGGCAAGUUGCAUCCAAGAAGAGGUCACUCCUAGAUAACAACACGUCCGUAGAGCCCAAGAAGCUGAAGACAGAUCAGAUAAUUGAAGAGCCUGGGGAGAAUAAGGCUGGCUUGAAUCAGUGUGAUGGUCACUUGAAAGAGAUUGAAAGGUUAAAGCAAGAACUGAGCCAAAGGGAUAAGGAAAUCUCGAAUUUGAACAAGAUCAUUAUUGCUCUUACAAGGAAACAAGGACUCUGA